CUUACUUGUUGUGGAUACAGGGAUUUCUUGCUUCCUUGCAUUUUCCUUGCAGUAGGUGUGCUUUUGCUUGCAGUCUGACUUUGAAAUAUUAUCAUGAGUGGAUCCUGAAGUAUUUGUAAAAUCGGUAAUCGAUAUUAAGAAUUUUGCAAGACAUAAAAAAAGCUGGGCAUUCACUGACUAGCAAACAGUUUAGAAGUAGAAGAAAAAACAUAAGAAUAAACUGAUAUGUAAGUGAAGAAAUCAACGAAACAUACAAAGUUAUAGAAUUCUGGAAAUCAACGAAUAAAGUUGACAGACUUUAUUCAUUUUCGUAAUAAAAGCAACAUCCAGUUUACCAUGUCAGUCAACCCAGCAUUUGAGACCGAAGAGGCCGCAGCCCCGGGCGAAGGAGGAGGCGGAGGAGGAGGCGCGGCAGGCAGCCAGGAGGCCGCAGACACGAAGGCGGGCGGCGAGGAAGCAGCGGCUGAGCCAAGGCCGUCGGAUCUGCUGUUUCGGGUGGACGAGGCGCCCCCUUGGUCCAUGUGCCUGCUUCUGGGGCUGCAGCACUACCUGACGAUGGCCACCUCGUCCAUCUCGAUUCCCUUCAUCCUCGUCGGCCUCUUCUGCAUCGAGGAAGCCGACCCCGCCCGAGGACACCUCAUCUCCACCAUCAUCUUCGUGUCGGGGAUCAUCACUCUCCUCCAGACCUCCCUCGGCUGCAGACUCCCGAUCGUGCAGGGCGGCACGGCCAGCUUCAUCGUCCCGACGAUAGCGAUCAUCUCGACCCGCUACGAGGCGUGCGACGCCCUGCCCGAGGACCUGACGGAGGCGCAGAGGCAGGAGGUUUGGCAGCAGCGCAUGAGAGAGAUCCAGGGCGCCAUCGCCGUAUCGGCCGUCGUGCAGAUCCUCGUCGGCUUCACGGGGUUGAUCGGCCUUCUGAUUGGCUGGAUCACGCCCCUGGUCAUCACGCCCACCGUCACCUUGGUGGGCCUCUCGCUCUCCGAGGUCGCGGCCCAGAAGGCGUCGCUGCACUGGGGCAUCUCGGGCACGACAAUGGCACUACUGGUCCUGUUCUCGCAGUACCUGAGGGAGGUCGGCGUUCCGGUGCCCACCUACAGCAGGGCCAAGGGACUCUCCUCCGCCAGGCUGUAUGUGUUCAAGCUCUUUCCGGUGCUGCUGGCCAUCCUGGCAUCGUGGGCGCUUUGUGCUGCGCUGACCUUCGCGGGCGUCAUCCCCGAGGGCAGCAGGGCUCGCUCGGACGCCGCGGCAGGACUCGUGGCCAGCUCCCCUUGGUUCAGGGUCCCCUACCCAGGCCAAUGGGGUCUGCCCACGGUAACCCCCGCGGGCGUGAUGGGGAUGCUGGCGGGGGUGUUUGCGUCCAUAGUCGAGAGCGUUGGGGACUACUACGCAUGCGCACGGUUGGCAGGGGCUCCCCCACCUCCUAUACACGCUGUCAACCGAGGCAUUGGCACUGAAGGACUCGGUUGUCUCCUGGCUGGCAUCUGGGGCACCGGCAAUGGUACGACCUCCUAUGCAGAGAACAUCGGAAUCAUUGGCGUCACUAAGGUGGGCAGUCGCCGUGUAGUACAGUAUGCUGCUGUGUUCAUGAUCGCCUUUGGGAUGCUGGGCAAAAUUGGAGCAAUUUUUGCCAGCAUCCCCGAGCCUGUGGUAGGCGGGGUCUUCUGCAUUAUUUUUGGCAUGGUGGCAGCGGUGGGAUUGUCUUCCCUGCAGUUCGUUGACCUUAACUCCUCCAGGAACCUCUUUGUCUUGGGGGUAUCUAUCUUCAUUGGUCUUGCACUGCCUAAGUGGCUACAGACUUCUCCUGGAGCUAUACAGACGGGUUCUCUCAUCCUCGACCAGCUCUUGACGGUGCUUCUCCAAACGUCUAUGUUCGUUGGAGGUUUCUUGGGCUUCCUUCUUGAUAAUACUAUUCCAGGUACUCCUGAAGAAAGAGGUCUCCUGAAGUGGAAGGCUCAAAUGGAAGCCUCGUCGUCUGAAGCCCUUGGAAGUCGCGCCUUCACCUGCUACGAUCUGCCCUUCGGCAUGGACGCUGUCAGGAGAGCCGCUUGGGCCUCCCGCCUGCCCUUCUCCCCGACGUUCAAGGGAUUCAGAAGGAGACCAAAUCAGCAGGAUCCUUGAGUGAAGAGUAUUAUCAGGUGUUUUUUUCUGGUGUCGUUUUUAAUGCUGAAGCUGUAGCAUGUUUAUGCGUUAGGAUUCAAUCAAGUUUUGUUUAUCUUGUUGAUGUUUCUAUUUGUGUGAGUUUGUGUGACUGUAAAUGGAAUAUAUAGAUGUAUAUUAUAUGUGUGUUAUCAUAUAGAUGUAUGUCUUAAUAAGAUUGUUAAUCAAG